CAAUAUGGCGGGCGCCGUAACGUGGAGCAGUAGCCAGCAGCGAAGGUGUCUUCUGUUUACGUUUGUGUUUGGACAUGUCUGGAUCUCGUGAUCGUGUUGCAGCUGCUGGGAAAUGAGGAUGUAGAUGUUUUUUAGUCAAGUUUCGAGUUAUAGUUCCAAGCAGAAACGAUGACCGAAAUGUUAAACCCAUUGAGCUGUGAGUUCCUUUAGAGAUGCAUGUGACAGAUGUGAAGUCGAGCUCCAGCCAGGCUCCUCGUCUCAACUCAGCAAGCAUGUUCAUGUCCGUGUUCCUCCCAAUAUUCCUCCUGCAGCCAGCAGAGGGCGCCAACGCCACAAUCUCCUGCAUUGACGACCAGGGAAACGCUGUAGACUGGUUCUACCUUUACAAACUGCCGCGUCCUCAUGAGCAGCCUCCGGAGGAAGGGCUGAAGUACCUGCUGCUGGAGGAGCAGAGCGAAGGCUGGGCGGAGGGCGGCGGCCUGGUGGGAGACGCCACGGGGGCUUUGGGGCGGAGCCUCGGGCCACUGUAUGAGGAUGGUGAACUGGGGUACAUCCUGUAUAACGAUCAGCCCCCGGAGCAGAGGCGUGUGGACGACACAAACAGGGGAGGUGGACACACCAAAGGUGCGGUUCUGUUCGACAGCAGACAGGGGUUCUGGUUGGUCCACAGCACUCCCCAUUUCCCGCCUCUCAAAACCAAGGACAAGUUCUCGUACCCCGACUCGGGCAUCAACAACGGGCAGAACUUCAUCUGUGUCACGUAUCCUCUGGAGCGCUUCAACACCAUCGGUGAGCAGCUGAAAAUAAACCAGCCGCACAUCUACGACUGCGACAUUCCCGAGUCUCUGGCCUCCUCGGUGCCGAGCAUGGCUGCGCUGUGUAAACACCGACAUGGGCCCAAAAACUCCACGCUCCACGCUUCCUUCUCCUCGUCCAAUCGCAGCGUAGCUCUGCUCUCGCUGGGCGGGACACAGUUCAUCAGCUUCGCCAAAGGAGCUUCCUUUGAUAACGACCUGUACCACUCCUGGGUGGCUCCUGCGCUGCAGACAGACCUACUGGUUCAGUUCUGGCGUCGCUCCACCGGCAUCCUCCCGUCCGACUGCUCCGCCAGCUGGAAGGUUCUGAACGUGGAUCAGCUCUCUCCGGGUGGCCGAGUCACCUUCAAAACCACCGAGGAUCAUUCCAAAUGGGCGGUGAGCGUGGCAGGAGGCGGGCUCAGGGGUGGGGCCUGGGUGUGCGUGGGGGACAUUAACAGGAACAUGGCGGAGGAGAAUCGAGGGGGCGGGACCGUGUGUCGGCAGGAUGCUGUGGUCUGGAAGGCGUAUCGAGCGGCAGCACUGGAGUGUGAGUCGUGUACAGGAGAGGUGGAGAAGUGCGAGAGCGCAUGGCUUUACAACUGACACACACACACCACACACCACACACACACCACACACACACACACACACCACACACACACACACACACACAACACACACACAACACACACCACACACCACACACACACCACACACACACACACACACACCACACACACACACACACCACACACACACAACACACACACCACACACACACAACACACACACAACACACACACCACACACCACACACACACCACACACACACACACACACCACACACACACACACACACACACACACCACACACACCACACACACACACACACCACACACACAUACACACCACACACACACACAGAAAUAAAUGAAGCUGUACGGUUUAAUGGUACGCAGUGGAACUGGAUGAGAAUUUAUUUUCUUUUAUGGAUGUUGUUAUUUAGUCACAUUCUUACAAACAAACUGGAUUUUAUUUUUGGAUCAAACUUGUGUAAUACUUUUAAGGGAUCAUGGUUUUUAAACAUUUUUAAAAAAAAAUGGUUCUGAUGAUUUUUGCACUUUUCUGAGUCGAAGCACUGGAUUAUUAAGCGAUUGUUUCUCAGGGAGAUGACACUUGUCUUUCCUUCCUUUAUUUUUUAGUUGAAAAGUGAUUCUGGAAAUGUUUUAAAUUUUUUGUCAUGUGUCACGCUGUAGUGCUGAUGGGAUUAAUGAACGCAGCAUUAAUAAAAUUAUGAAAAAAGUCACA